CAUUAGUCACUUUAGUCAGUCAAAAAUGGCGUUGCUAAAAUCCCGGUUUUCCCCAACCGUCCGGUACGCGAGAGGUGUCACGAAUCGGUGCCGGAUCGGGACCCGGGAUGUGGUGGGGUACGGCCACAAUGGGGGGUACAACUAUAAGGAUGAUCCACAUUUCCCCUUCCCGGCGAUUCGGUUUAAGGAGAACACUAAGGACGUUGUGGCCCUCCGCCAAAAAGAGUGCGGCGACUGGAAGAUGCUCUGUUGCGAGGAGAAGAAGGCGCUAUACCGGGCUUCGUUCUGCCAGACCUUCUCGGAGUUCCAGCACCCCACGCACCAGUGGAAGAUCGUGAUCGGCGCUGGCCUGUUCUUCGUGUCCUGGGUGUUCUGGCAUCAGAUGAUAUACCGACACUUCAUCGCGGAGCCCAACUGGCCGGACUCGUACUCGCUUGAGUCGCAGAUGGCGCAGCUCCGCCGUAUGCUGGAGCUGCGCGUGCAGCCGAUCGACGGCCUGUCCUCGUGGUGGGACUACGACAAUGACUGCUGGAAGAAAUAAGAAGUAAGACUGGAGUACCUACAUAAUGUCCUGUUGUUAUUGAAGUACUAUUUGAUUAUACGUUUCGGACCGA